AUGAGAUACGAAGCAGGAGCUGGAGCUCAAGUUUUUUUAAUUAAAAUUAAAAUGUUUUCGAAGCUGUGGUUUCUUAUUUGCGCGACUCAACUUGUUAUCAUUAAGGGUACAUAUGACCCAGUUAAUUCGGGUAUCAAAACAAGAUCCUACCAUCGAGACUUGCCAAAUGCUGAACAACAAAAUCCUCGCGACUCCAGGUUUAGCCCCAGUUAUGAUAAUACAAAUUACGGUGCCCCCUCAUUGAGGUUAUCACCACCCGAUUCUCACCAACACACUGAUGGGCCGCGCAGGCAGCAACAACAGCACCAGCAGCAGCAGCAACAUUCAAACCCACAACAAGCCGAGUCUUAUCAGCAACGCGAGCAACCGAUAUUUAAUCGCCCAGCGCACGUGCGUCAUUCGCCGCCCUCAGAGCGACAAGUGGAGAGUGCUUGGAGUGGGACAGAGAACUCAAUAGGCGACUACAAUAGUGGCUGUCCGCCACAACACACUGGGCCCGUACCAUAUCCGUAUGAUUGUCGUCGUUUUGUAAACUGUUGGCAUGGUCGCGGCCACAUACAGAGUUGUGGUCCAGGUACAGUUUUUAAUCCUGAAACACUCGAAUGUGAUCGCCCUGAUAAGGUGGUAUGUGGCACACCGGGCGUAAAUGGAGUUAGCAGUGAGCUGAACGUGAGGCAAACAACGCUACAGACGGCUUCGAAUCCUAAUAAAUAUCGUGCAGGUCGACUCGUAGAUGUCAGCACAGGUAAUGUGGAUUCGCUUUGUCCUGCAGGCGUGAAUGGCUUGGCGCCACAUCCAACGGAUUGUACGAAGUUUUUGAAUUGUGCUAAUGGUAAUACGCAUGUACAAAACUGUGGACCCGGCACUGCUUACAGCAUUUCAAUGAAGACGUGUGAUUUUAAGGAGAAAGUGGAUUGCAGUGGUCGGGAGAAUGGUGGAAAUGGGGCAUUGAAUAGUCGAGAUGGACGUCAGUAUGAAAAUAACAACUAUGACAAUACCAGAGGUGAGGAGAACGGCUCGACCGCUAACAAAGAAGGCGAUAUUUUCUGCCCACCAGGCGUAAUUGGCCUCUUUCCACAUCCAUUCGACUAUACGAGAUUCCUGAACUGUAAACUCGGUAAUACGGCCAUACAAAACUGUAUGCCUGGGUCAGUGUACAGCAUAUCGAGGAAUUACUGUGAUCUCAAAGAAAAAACGCACUACACCGAUCACGUCGAUUACGUCAUAUCUGAACAGCAACAAUUGCCUUCGACGAUGGUCAGUUGUCCACCGAACACGGAUGGCAAUCAUUUAUAUCCAUAUGACUCUACAAAGUUUAUUACUUGCCGGCAAGGACGCAUGUCGAUUGACAAAUGCGGGUCGCAUAAGGUUUUCAGUAUAUCAGCGAUGGCAUGUCGCCCGGAAAGUGAAGUGAAUAUUGGCGAUCGUGUGCGCAAUGCAGUGGCAGCCAAUCCGAAUGCCGAAAUCAGAGAUUCGCGGAACUACGUAGGUCAGCCGCUCGAUUGCCCUCAAGGUCAAUCUGGUUUAUAUCCGCAUCCUUUUGAUUGUAGAAAAUUUAUGCUAUGCCGCAAUGGAAAGUUGAGCGUAGAAAGUUGCAAAACGGGCAAUGUUUUCAGUUUGUCUGCCAAACAUUGUGAUCCCAAGGAACUUGUCAACGUCAAUGAACAAGUUCAAUUUCAGCUUGACGUAGGCCAAGAUAGGCUCUCUGAAUCGGAUUACAAUUACAGUGAGUUAGAAAAUAGUGAAAAAAUAUAUAUUUGUAAAUGUAUUUUUGCUUGUAUGAUUUCUGCAAGUCAAGAAGGUAGUAAUGUUUUACGCAUAGUGCCAUGGUAUUUGAAUGCCUUAGAUCAAUUGCUCGAGACAACAUGUCCUUCAGAUGCUAACAGUGUCUAUCCAUAUCCUUACGAUAAUACGAAAUAUAUAAAAUGUAGCCGUGGGCAUGGAACUAUUGAAAAUUGUGUAAAGGGUAUGAUAUUUAGCACGACACGAAGAUACUGCGACUAUGAAACGAAAGUAAACGAAUAUGAUCGUAACUGGCGGUCGGAUAAUGGAUAUGACAAUCACAAAGCAGGCGCUGACGUUCAGGAAGCUGGAGUAAUGAGUGAGAGAGAACCAAAAGAUGUGAGUGCAGACGCUGAUGUGGAAUGUCCACCUAAAGCGAUAGGCACAUAUCCGCAUCCGUAUGAUUGUAGGAAAUUCCUUGCAUGUUCGCAUGGUGUGACUCAAGUUAAGCAGUGUGCUCCUGGCACGGCAUGGAGCGCAGAUGUGGAGGUCUGUGAUUUUGAAAAAAAUGUUAAUUGUAUGCAAGGCACAAAGUUACCUAAUACAGCAGCAAAUACGAUAAUCGAGGACAAAGUCGCAUGUCCGCCGAAUAUGCAAGGCCUCUUCUUGCAUCCAUUUAAUGCACAGCAUUUUGUGAAUUGCAAUAAUGGUGAGACGUUCAUACAAACCUGUCAGACGGGCAGCGUUUUUAGUAUUUCGCAGAGAAUGUGUCUAGCUGCAAGGGAAGUCACACCUGUGGAUCGCGUACAGUGCUCGCAAGAUUAUGCUACAGAUAUAACCUCGUACCAAAACUACAUCGUUUGUCCAGCGCAAGCAGUUGGCUAUUUCGUUUAUCCCUUCGAUGGCCUGCUAUAUAUAGAAUGCCUUGAUGGGCGAACGCUUAUUCAGAAUUGCGCACAAAAUACGGUAUUUAGCAUUUCCAAUCAAAUUUGCAUACCUACUGACGAAGCAGAAAGCACAGACUACGUGUGGUUACGUUCGGACUGGCAGCAUAUAAAUCCUGGUUAUGCCACAUACGAUCACAAAGUCGAAUGGAGUGCUUUGGAUACGAACUCUGUUGGUGCUCACACACAGAGCUCUGUCGAUUCUGCACAGUCCACAAUUUGCGCAGAAAGUGAAUCAGGUCUUUAUCCACAUCCAACUGAUUGCAAGAAAUACCUACGUUGCGCAAACGGCAUACGCUAUGAGAUGGAUUGUGGUCCGGGUACUGCAUUUAAUGCCGCGCUUGAAGUUUGUGAUUUUGAGAAUAAAGUUGAUUGUUCCGGUCGUUUGGGCAUUGGUGAUUGGCAAGUUCGAAAUAGUCCAGCUGUAGCAUGUCCUGUUGGCGCUUCUGGCGUCUAUCCACAUCCUUUGGAUUGCAAAAAGUUUCUUCACUGUGAUAAUGGCAUAGCAACUAUAAAAGAUUGCGGUCCUGGUACGGCUUGGAAUGUUAAAAUGGAAACAUGCGAUUUUAUGGCCAAUGUUGGCUGUGCAGACGGUGGUGUCCGUCAAGAGGAGACGCCUGAAGGUUAAAAACAAAUUUUUAACUCUUAUUAUAAUGUUUGCUUAAAAGGUCUGCUCAAAAAAAAAAAUGUGGUGGCACGAUACCGCGCGGUACAAAGCAGUAUAGGGUGUUUGCGGUCGAUUUUGAUUUCUGCUGUAUAGUUUUGUAAGGCUGCGCACAGUGGAACAAAUU